UAUUUAUUCUUCAAACAAAAAUUGGCAUUUUCAGUUAAUGGAUAUCUGGCCAGUGCCGAUGAAAUUGAUUCUCUCGAGUAGAAAUGGUGGUGGCCGAAACCGAACUCCAUAGUUAGGUUGUCAAAUAGCAUUUAUUCCUCUAUUUAUGUCUCUUUCUCUCUCAUUCUUUCUUAACAGCUAUUCAAAGAUCCCUUUUUUGUCUCUCUCUCUCUCUCUUCCCUCUCUCUCAUGGCGUCUCUUCUCAGGCUAUCUCCACCCACCCUCCUUUCCACUUCCCGACCAUGUUCAUCGCCGGCGAAGCCUCCAUUUCCGCACCUACCCACCAAAAAAAACCCACCAAGAAAAAACCUCCAAAGAGUCCAAAGCAGCAGCUUUUCCACCUUUCUUGAUUUGGAACCCAAGUCAAAACCCGAAUCUUUAGAUUUCGAGAUCCCGUUCUUCAACCCCGCCGACCGCCACCGAUUCGACGUGAUCGUCAUCGGCGCCGGCCCAGCCGGCCUCCGCCUGGCGGAGCAAGUCGCCGGACACGGGAUCAAGGUAUGCUGCCUCGACCCUUCACCCCUCUCUAUGUGGCCGAACAACUACGGCGUUUGGGUUGACGAGUUCGAAAGCUUAGGGCUCGAUGAUUGUCUGGACAAAACAUGGCCCAUGACUUGUGUUCACAUCAACGACAACAAAACCAAGUAUUUGGACCGGGCGUACGGCCGGGUCAACAGAAAAGAUCUCAAAUUGAAACUCUUGUCCGAUUGUGCAACAAAUGGUGUCAAAUUUCAUAAAGCCAAGGUUUGGAAAGUGGACCACGAUGAGUUUGUGUCGUCGAUUUCUUGCGACGACGGCACCGAAUUGAAGGCAGAUUUGAUCGUGGACGCGAGUGGCUUCUCGAGCAAAUUCGUCGAAUACGACAAACCGAGGAACCAGGGAUAUCAAAUCGCUCACGGUAUUUUAGCUGAGGUGGAUCGCCACCCCUUCGAUUUGGACAAGAUGCUUCUGAUGGAUUGGAGGGAUUCCCACUUGGGGAACGAGCCGAGUUUGCGACCCCACAAUUCGAAGUUCCCGACUUUUUUGUACGCGAUGCCGUUCGAUUCGAAUUUGGUUUUUCUCGAAGAGACCUCACUAGUGAGCAGGCCGAUGCUAUCGUACACCGAAAUCAAGAAACGGAUGGUGGCGAGGCUGAGGCAUUUAGGUAUUAAGGUGAGGGCGGUGAUCGAGGAUGAAAAAUGCGUGAUCCCGAUGGGGGGCCCGCUCCCUCGUAUCCCUCAAAACGUGAUGGCAAUCGGGGGCAAUUCGGGUAUUGUGCACCCCUCCACUGGCUACACUGUCGCUCAGACGAUGGCUCUUGCUCCGUUUCUGGCGGAGACGAUCGCUGAGUGUCUUGGUUCGACUAGAAUGAUUAGAGGGACCCCACUUUAUCACAAAGCGUGGAACGGGUUGUGGCCUUUGGAGAGGAGAUGCAGUCGGGAAUAUUAUAAUUUCGGUAUGGAGACUUUGUUGAAACUCGAUUUGAAUGGUACGAGGAGAUUCUUCGAUGCCUUCUUCGAGCUGAAGCCUCAUUAUUGGCACGGGUUUUUGUCGUCGAGGCUAUCGGUCGGUGAGCUUUUUAUGAUGGGGAUAUCCCUUUUCGGUCAUGCCUCGACUACUUCUAAGUUGGAUAUGGUGAGAAAGUGCCCUGCACCCAUGGCGAGAAUGAUGGGUAAUAUGGCACUCGAAGCCAUUUGAUCUGUAACGUUUUUCGAUGUUUCUGAUGAAUAUUGUUUUUCGAACGAUCUAUAGCUAAAUUGCUGUGAGAUAGAUGUUAGAACAUGAAAUUUUUAAUUGUAUGUAUAUAUAUACAGUUGAAAAUGCACUUAUCGUUCAACGAUGUUUCUCUUAUA